AUGGAUGUAUCUAUCUGAAGAAAACCAGCUUGGUGUGGAGUACCUACCUAUUACCUAGGCACUACACCCUACCUACACCCUGACUUGUGGCCACCCUUCUUUUCUACGGUACGGUACCUUGCUAGUAGGUACCCUUACCUUUGCCUUGCCUUUGUGCCUUGUCUACUUUGUCUACCUUGCCUGCUACUUGCUACUUACAUACAUACACCCACUACUUUACUUACAGUACUUACUUACUUGCUUGCUUGCUUGGCUACCGACCUAUCUAAGCUGGAAAUCCCAUUACUGCUGCUUUCAGCUACCUUUCCCCCCUCCCUCCCAAUAAGGUCACCCUCCCAGUUCUUCACUCUUCCUCCAACACCACCAACCUACGAAAAGUUGUUCGAAACACCUCAUGUAACACUUGAAUAGGAGCUUGAAGCUACCUCGGUAUAGCUAUUAUCAUUCGACACUGGAUUUGAUUGUCGAAUGCUUGAGCUUCGCAAACUUGGACCAUCUUCAAUUGAUCAUUAUCGAUUGUAUUUCUCUUAUCGCCAACACCGUAUCGAUUCGAAUCUCGCGAACUCCCCCCCGCCUUCAAUUCCCGACCAGUAAAUGGCGGGGUUGACUAGGUCAAGAUGCCGCCUCGAUCUUCCUUAACGUCUUCGUUUUCUAUUACCGACUCAAACAAUGAAGUCGUCUGUCCUUUGCGAAAUCAAGAUGGCUCCAGUUGUCGCAAGCGCUGCAUUGGUGAAAAGAGAUAUCGUUCCAUGCAGGAACAUAUCCGACGAGCGCAUCCCGAACACUAUAUUUCAAAGCUCCCUGCGACAGAAGAGAGCUUCUUACUCAUGAUUAAUACACCCCCGUCCGACCGAUCUCAGCUUCAGAAUUCUGUCGGCCCACCACAAGCCAACCUCGACCCGAACAAAGGUUACCCACACGACCGCCAUGGAUAUCCUCGAGAUGGGUCAAGUGCUCCCGGCACACCUAGAAUCAAUGACGAGUAUAAUGGAGGCACAUUGUUACCAACCGCAAGCGCCGCAGCCGCCCUAGCCCAGCUAGGUGGCCAGCAUAAAUUUGAGACAGAAUGGGACGCCGAAUCUGGCUGGCAAUCUGACAACGAAGGCCACCGAAGAAUACCAAGGAGUACAAUUGAAUUGCCUCCAAUACAUGUUGGAAAUGAUCCGACUAGUGAACCAUUUCCUCCUUUAAAUUCUGGACCACGUAGAGAUUUACUUCCGUCAAUUCUUUCAAAUUCGCCACCAGGUCGUUCUUCAACUCUUCCUCCCCUCCAGCGGCCUUUAGGUCCCAAUCGGCCUAGGAAGCAAUCUAUUACCAAGCGCGGCCAUAAGAAACAGAAAUCCCGGGGUUCCGCGACAGAUUGGCUCCGAAGAAUACAAAAUGACGAGCGUCUAAAACCAGGAGCAAUUGACCGUAAGGCUCAUUCCGUCGAGCCGUCAGCCGACUAUGGCAAAAGGUGGGAAGACCUCAUCGACGCCGCAGCCUCGGCUACUGAAGAUAUCGAUGAGGAUAGGACGCCUGUAAGUCGUGCCCGGCACAUUCAUUUUCCUUCUCUAACUUCCCAGGUCCCCCAAUCUCCCAUAUCAAUUCACCGAGCUUCCCUACCCCCAUUUCCCCAUCAGCAUUUUCAAGGCUACCAAGCUUCACCUCUCCAACAAGCUCUUACUCCACCAUCCUUUGCCCAAGAGAUGCCAGAUCCUUUCCCGUCCGUCGAGAGUGGUGAGAGCGGAGAUCACUUCCACAUUGGUGCCUCUGGACUUUCAGACUCGUCGCCAGGCUAUUCAUCUCAGGAUGUCCACAUCUAUUGUGCCGCAUGUCAGAGGACGUCGAAACUCCGAGAAUCCUACGCCUGCACGGAAUGCAUAUGUGGAUUAUGUCGGGACUGCGUAAAUGUCCUAAUGGAGGAGCAAGGAGCCCGCCGAAAAUGUCCACGCUGCGCCACCAUUGGCGGUAGAUUUAAACCAUUCCAGUUGGAUAUCCGAUGAAGCUCAUCCACAUUACUACGCCCGGUUCCACGGAUCUAGCUUAACGGUGCGAUUGUACGCUAUUCGAAUCGCCCAUGCCGUUACGGAUAGCUAUCAUCCUUACUGGAAAGCACAUAAAUGGCACGCCGCAGAGACCAUGCCAUUCUAGCCGAGUCACACUAGAACCCAUUAAGUGCCCGGCCGCGGUUUUUGAUAAAAAGGCUAGAUCAACAACUUGGCGAACCAGGGCAUAAUCCCAGGCUGAAAGCCAAAAUCCCCACCACGAUACGGGUUUAUACCAAU